AGUCAGAUAAGUUUCGGUCGUUUCUGCCUUCGACAUUCACUCGUGCAUCUGAACUGGCACGUUGACAGUCAAGAGUCUCGCAGUGUGUCAGUCAGUCAGCGUUCUGGUAUCGGGUCGACGAGUGUUUGUCAAAAUCGUAUAAAUUUACACACGCGAUCGUUCUCUGGUCAUCGUAUCAGAAAGACAGAUUGGGAAAAAUGUGUGAACUAAAUGAUUUAGACGAGUGCUACAGAGUCGCCGAAGAAUUAGUCUUACACGCAGGAAAGAUAAUAGAAGAUGGUAUCGGUAGCAAAAAAGAUGUCAAAAGUAAAGAAGUUGAUUGGGAUCUUGUCACGGAAUAUGACCGCAAGAUAGAGGACAAAUUGAUAAAACAAUUGUCAAUACAGUUUCCAUCACACAAAUUUAUUGGAGAAGAAACGGCAGCAAAAGAAGGCUGCUUACCACAACUGACCAAUGAUCCUACAUGGAUAAUAGAUCCGAUAGACGGUACCACCAACUUUGUACAUCGUUUCCCACAUACGUGCAUCUCUUUAGCGUUGUUAGUGAACAAGAAAAUAGAAAUUGGGAUAAUAUACAAUCCUCUGAUGAGACAAUUCUUUUCGGCCAGAAGACAUUGUGGUGCCUUCCUCAAUGGGAAGCCUAUAAAAACUUCAGGUGUAAAAGAUAUGUCUCAAUCAUUGGUGGCCAUAGAACCAUGGCUCGCAAGAGAUCCUCAGUAUUUGAAUGUAUAUAGCAGAAUGCACGCUUUAAUACAAAAAACUCACGGAAUAAGAACACUAGGAACAGCAGCGCUCACGUUGUGCUAUGUAGCAAUGGGAGCUGUAGAAGCAUAUCAUAUCGAAGGUAUAGAAGCUUGGGAUGUUGCAGCCGGAAAAUUAAUAAUAGAAGAAGCUGGUGGAAUUGUAAUAGAUACCGCUGGGGGAGAACUGGAUAUAAUGACUCCAAGAGUUAUAGCGGCAUGCAAUGAGCAAAUUGCACAGCAACUUGUGAAUCUCAUAAAAAAGCCGACACCAAGAUACUCAAUCAAAACUUAGAUUAAUUAUAAUAGAAUAUGCUAUGAAUAUUAUAUAUUAUAUUAUAUAACUAUGCAUAUUGUAUGCAGAUUUAAAAACACAGUUAAAAACAUAGUUAUUAUAAUAAGCUGGAGUAAAGUUCAUAUUGGAUUAUAUUUUAGUAGUAUAUUUUAGUAGACUGAUCUUGUAUUUCUUAUAUGCACUGAUAUUGUUAGAUAUUACAUAUUUCAAUAGUCAUAUUAGAAUUAAUAAAUAUAUAUUCAUAU